GGGGCUGCGAGACCUGGUCGCCGCGACAGACUCUGAGCAGGGAAAGUGGGGGUACGACCCCAGGCUCACGCGGCCCCGCCCCCGCAGCCAGCCGGCCUGCCGCAGCCGGGGGCCCGAGCUCCGCCCUCCACCCGCCCGCCGGGCUGCCUCCUCCCUCCUCCUCGCUCGCUCCCUCCCCCGGGCGGGCUCGGCGCUGACUCCGCCGCACGCUGCAGCCGCGGCUGGAAGAUGGCGGGGAACGACUGCAGCGCGCUGCUGGAUGAAGAGCUCUCGUCCUUCUUCCUCAACUAUCUCUCUGACACGCAGGGUGGGGAAUCCGGGGAGGAACAGCUGUGUGCUGACCUGCCGGAGCUCGACCUCUCCCAGCUGGACACCAGUGACUUUGACUCAGCCGCGUGCUUCGGGGAGCUGCAGUGGUGCCCGGAGACCUCAGAGACAGAGCCCAGCCAGUACAGCCCUGAUGAUGCCGAGCUCUUCCAGAUUGAUAGUGAGAAUGAAGCUCUCUUGGCUGCGCUCACCAAGACCCUGGAUGACAUCCCCGAAGACGAUGUGGGGCUGGCUGCUUUCCCAGGGCUGGAUGAAGGAGACACACCAUCCUGUGACCCAGCUUCACCUGCCCCCUUAUCUGCGCCCCCCAGCCCCGCCCUGGAGAGGCUUCUGUCCCCAGCGUCUGAAGUGGAUGAGCUUUCUAUGCUGCAGAAGCUCCUCCUGACCACAUCCUCCCCAACAGCAAGCUCUGACGCUCUGAAGGAGGAGGCCACCUGGUCCCAGGCCAGCCUCAGGUCCAGAAGCCAGCGGCCUUGUGUCAAGGCGGAUGGUGUCCAGGACAAGAAGAUCCCCAUGCUGCGGUCUCAGAGUCGGCCUUGUACAGAACUGCAUAAGCACCUCACCUCGGUGCUGCCCUGCCCCAAAGUGAAAACCCCAACCCCACGCCCAAGUACUCAGCUCCUCUCCAAGGAGGAUGAGGAGGUGGGGGAGGAUUGCCCGAGCCCCUGGCCAGCUCCAGCCUCUCCCCAAGACUCCCUAGCACAGGACAGGGCUAGCCCCAGCUGUGCCCAGGCUCCCCAGGAGGAUGUGAGGUCCAUGGUACAACUCAUUCGCUACAUGCACACCUACUGCUUGCCCCAGAGGAAGCUGCCCCAAUGGGCCUCAGAGCUGGUCUCCCAGCCCUGCAGCAGCCCCUCCAGGCAGGUCCCACCCCGGUCCCGGCAUCCCCCCAAAGCCACCUGGACUGAGUUCUCUAUCCUAAGGGAACUUCUGGCUCAAGAUGUCCUCUGUGAUGUCAGCAAGCCCUACCGCCUGGCCACGCCUGUCUAUGCUUCCCUCACACCCCAGUCCAGGCCCAAGCCCCCCAAAGACAAUCAGCCCUCCCCUGCCCACUCUGCCAUGGCAGAAGAGGUGAGAAUCACAGCUUCCCCUAAGAGCACUGGGCCUAGACCCAGCCUGCGCCCUCUGAGGCUGGAGGUGAAGCCGGAUGUCAGUCAACCUACCAGGCAAAAGCAGGAGGAAGAUGAGGAAGAAGAAGAAGAGGAGGAGGAGGAAGAAAAAGAGGAGGAGGAAGAAGAGUGGGGCAGGAAGAGACCAGGCCGUGGCCUGCCAUGGACCAAACUAGGGAGGAAACUGGACAGCUCUGUGUGCCCCGUGCGGCGUUCCAGGAGACUGAAUCCAGAGCUGGGCCCCUGGCUAACAUACACUGAUGAGCCCCUAGGUGCUCUGCCUUCGAUGUGCCUGGCUACAGAGACCCACAACCUGGAGGAGGAACUGGGCAGCCUCACAGAUGAUAGUCAAGACCAGCAGCUCCCCCAGGGAUGCCAGAUCCCAGUCCUGGAAAGCCCCUGUGAGAGUGGGUGUGGGGACACAGAUGAGGACCCAAGCUGCCCACGGCCCCCUUCCAGAGACUCCCCCAGGUGCCUCAUGCUGGCCUUGUCACAAAGCGACCCUCUUGGCAAGAAGAGCUAUGAGGAGUCCUUGACGGUGGAGCUUUGUGGCACGGCAGGACUCACUCCACCCACCACACCUCCAUAUAAGCCCAUGGAGGAGGACCCCUUCAAGCCGGACACCAAGCACAGCCCAGGCCAAGGCACAGCUCCCAGCCUCCCCUCCCCUGAGGCUCUUCAGCUCCCAGCCACCCCAGGGGCCUCCCACAAGCUGCCCAAGAGGCACCCUGAGCGAAGUGAGCUCCUGUCCCACCUGCAGCAUGCCACGGCCCAGCCGGUGUCCCAGGCUGGGCAGAAGCGCCCCUUCUCCUGCUCCUUUGGAGACCACGAUUACUGCCAGGUGCUCAGGCCAGAGGCUGCCCUGCAGAGGAAGGUGCUGCGGUCCUGGGAGCCGGUUGGGGUCCAUCGUGAUGACUGGCCCCAGCAGGGUGCCUCCCUGCCGACUGAAUCAAAGACCCCUAGGAGGGAGGCAGAGCAGAGCUGUGACUCUACCCCUAAGGACAGCAUGCAGCUGAGAGACCAUGAGAUCCGUGCCAGCCUCACAAAGCACUUUGGGCUGCUGGAGACCGCUCUGGAGGACGAAGACCUGGCUUCAUGUAAAAGCCCCGAGUACGACACCGUGUUUGAGGACGGCAGCAGCAGCAGUGGCGAGAGCAGCUUCCUGCUGGAGGAGGAAGAGGAGGGCGGGGAGGAGGAGGAUGAAGGAGAGGACUCGGGGGUCAGCCCUCCCUGCUCUGACCACUGCCCCUACCAGAGCCCACCCAGUAAGGCCAGCCGGCAGCUCUGUUCCCGCAGCCGCUCCAGUUCUGGUUCCUCGUCCUGUAGCUCCUGGUCACCAGCCACCCGGAAGAGCUUCAGACGUGAGAGCAGAGGUCCCUGUUCAGACGGAACUCCACGUGCCCGGCAUGCCAGGAAGCGGCAGGAAAAGGCCAUCCAGGGCGAAGGCCGCGUGGUAUACAUUCGAAAUCUCUCCAGUGACAUGAGUUCUCGGGAACUGAAGAAGCGCUUCGAGGUGUUCGGUGAGAUUGUAGAGUGCCAGGUGCUGACGAGAAGUAAGAGAGGUGAGAAGCACGGCGUCAUCACCUUCCGGUGUUCGGAGCAUGCUGCCCUGUCCCUGAGGAACGGCGCAACCCUGAGGAAGCGCAACGAGCCCUCCUUCCACCUGAGCUAUGGAGGACUCCGGCACUUCCGCUGGCCCAGAUACACUGACUACGAUCCCACAUCAGAAGAGGCCCUUCCCUCAUCCGGGAAAAGCAAGUAUGAAGCCAUGGAUUUUGACAGCUUACUGAAAGAGGCCCAGCAGAGCCUGCAUUGAUAUCAGCCUUAACCUUCGAGGAAUACCUCAAUACCUCAGACAAGGCCCUUCCAAUAUGUUUACGUUUUCAAAGAAAUAAGUAUAUGAGAAGGAGAGCGAGCCAAUGAGCGAGCGUGAGAGAACACACGUGAGAGAGAGAGAGAGAGACUUGAAUCUGCUGUUGUUUCCUUUUAAAAACAAAUCAAUGUUUACAUUGAACAAAGCUGCUUCCGUCCGUGAGUUUCCAUGGCGUUGAUGUUCCACUGCCACAUUAGUGCCCUCGCUUCCAGCGGAUCGUCCUGGGUGCACCUCCAAGUGCUGUCAAUCAUCCUCUGCCCGUCCCACCUGAUUGACUUCCUUCUGUAGACUUGAGCUAUGUCCCCCAUAACAUCUUCUGUCUGUAGCGUAUGAUGAUGAAAUUGUUACUUGUGAGUAGAAUCAGGAUUAGAAACUCAUUUUUAAUUGAAGAAAAAAAAAGUAUAUCCUUAAAACAAAUGUAUUUAUGGCUCAGAUAUACUGUGCCUGGGGUUAUCGUAUUGCUUCCUCGAUUGUUUAACUAUGCACUGUCAUGAGGUGUUUGCUACUGAGCUGCGCUGCUCCCCUGGUCGUGUAGUCCUAGAGGUGCUGGGUGGCCACUACGUCCGCAGGAAAAAUUGGCUUGCAGUCACAAGUAGGAAGAAUGGAGAGAGGUAGCAGCCAAGUAUGCUCUACCGAGCCCUGGUUGGUAUCUUUUAUUUUGAGUGAGUUCCACUCAAGUUGUGAUGAGAAUCCCUUCCCCCUGUCCGACUCACACUUGGAGAGUGCCUGUCUGGAGAGCCCAGAGCCGUGAGUGUCUAUAAGGAAGGUGGAACAAGCUGCAUUAGACCCAUUCCACAGGGAGAGAGGACAGCACUCUGUGAGGGAAAGUAUCUUGCCCAGGGUCCCAGGUCCCAUGGCCAGGGAGCAUGCAAAGCAGUGACCUACACCAAGCCUCCUGACUCCGGGCUCCAGCCUCCUGCAGCAGUUAGCAUAAAGAUGCAAAAGUCAGAGGCUGGAAGAGUGGAGUUAGCUGAGUUGAGCAGCCUAGCAGCUUAUUUGAGAAUUAGGUCAACCGUUUACUCAUCAGCAUUAAGGCAAAUUCAAGGUUCAUUCAGCACAGGCUCAGGUGUCCCUCAGCUUUGGUCCUCAGUGCCCUGUGACUUGCCCUGCCUGUGGAUACCCCUCAAGGCUCUGAGACACCCACAAAUGGUACACAGACUUCACGUAGGAGCAGCCAUUUGGGGCAGGGAGGGCAACUGCUAGACCAUCCUCUACCCUGCUGCUGUCCUUACUGUCCCUCCUCUGUAGAGGUACAGGGUAGGGGGUGGGCACGGCACCCCCACGGAGCGUUCAUGGUGGGCUCCUCUUCAAACCGUUAUGACUGCUGUUAAAGUCAUAUCCAGUGUGACAUCCUCUGGGCCCCUGGGGGCCCUUCAUGAGGGAGAACCAGCUAGGCAGAGUAUUCAUUCUAAUGCUUCAUUAUAUAUCAGUUAGUUCCUCCUUGAUCUUGUGACAUUUCUUUCUUUCAUUUUCCCCCCAAGGUUCUGCCAAGUAAGAAAGUUUGAAGGUAGAUAACUCAUCAAACUAACCAAACUAAAUUAAUCUGCUGCUAAUGCCAGGCUUAUUCCUUUGAAAAUUUGUGGUUAUUUUUUUUUUGUUUUAUUUUUUUUGAUUUUCAAAUACCUCAGUAAAGAAAGUAAAGCCUGAUCUUAUACUUGGUGUUGGGAAAACUCUUCACCCAUGGAUAGGGCUGGAAGAGACUAGCUUUAGCAGAACUAGGGAAACAGGAUCUGGGUGUCCAAUCUGUUGGCCUCCCUAAACCCCAGUUUCCUUUUCUGUGAAAUAGACUGAGGGGCACAAUUAGGCAGCAGAUGUCCUAGCUUCUGCCUAGGCAAUGUCUAGUCACAGUCGUGAUUCCCACAUCUUUGGUCAGUGCAGAAAUACUUAAUUGAUCAUAACACUAUUUUUUAAAGCCUGGUUGUGCAAUUAGAAUCUUCAAGAGUGUUCUCUCUGGUCAGGCAUUACUAAUUGGUUGAUGUUUCAUUUAUCAGACAUCCUGAUCUAGUGGUAGUCUUUGGAAAACUACCAUUGUAGAGCCAUAUGCUGGCUGGUUUUUAUGCUGACCCAUCCUUGUCCUGACUUGAUCCCUGAGGGGAGAUAUGCCCUUGAAGCCAUUACUUGGCAGAAGACUUCCCAAUACUGUUGCAAAAAAAAAAAAAAAAAAAAAAAAAAAAAAAAAAAAAAAANAAAAAAAAAAAAAAAAAAAAAAAAAAAAAAAAAAAAAAACCACAAGAAUAUAGAGAGGGGAAGGUGAAAUAGCAAAGAGGAAUAUAAUUGGAGAAGGGGUGGCUCCUAAGGAUAGAUACAAAAAGGGACUUUUCACAGCACAGACCCAAACAUUCCACACUCCUUUAUAGUUGUUCAUUGCUCAGCAUAUGGUGGGCACGUGGAAAAUGGGUAUAGAAUGGAACCAAAUUAAAGUUCUUCAGUUGCAUCCACUAAAACUUGGGCUCUAAUCACGGGAGAAAGUGAGUGUUUACUGACAUUGCCUGAUGGAAGAGGGACUAGAUUUAAUCUGAAGAGCCAUUUGAAUUCUGACCCCACCAAGAACUUCUCUUGUGGUUUCUUGAGUCCCUUCUUUCUGGGCCUCAGAGUGUAGGAGUUGUUUAGAAAACCCUGGGCUCUUCCUAUUUGCUUCCACAGUGAGACCUGGCCAGCUGUUGGUUGCUGGGGUAAAAGAACAAAUUCUUAGCAAACAAUUAAGUCUCUCUUUCCCCAGCCAGGGUUAACUGAGCUACUCAGUCAGUUCCCUCAAAGUCACUUAGAUGUCGGCUCUAGAGCAGAGCAGAGCCUUGAACCUGGCACUGAUGCCCAAUAUACCACAGGUCAAUGCUGGGAGCUGAUGCCCGCCAAGAGUUUCUAGUAUUCUCCACUCACCCGCUCAUGAAACCAGGCUCCCAGCUCUGCAGAGACCAGCCCUGUAGAUGAUCUCUCUCUCUGGAAGAUUCACUCGGUGCUGCAUAUAAUUUACCAAGGAGAUGGUCAGGCCCCCUCCGAGACCACGAGACCAUCUUGGUCUCUUUCCCAUCGAAUCAAGGAGGAACCCAGAGGGAGCAGCUGCUACUUAGUGGCAACCAUCUCACUGUAGCUGUUCUAAUGCGUCUCAAUGAUGUAUGUUUACGUGUGAUCGCCAUUCAGGCUCCGUGUCAUCUCUGUGCUGUGCUGGUAUUUUUAUAGAAAUGUCCAAUCCAACCACUAAGUGGAAUUUUUCCAUCUCCUUCCUCGGCCAGUACAAGGCUGAACCACAGUCCUAUGGAGUGGGGGUAGGACAUGACUCUGGUUACGGAAGGAGAAUGUAUCAACUAGGUGAUGUGAGAAGAAGGAAUGCAGCUAAGGUCCCUACUCCCAUCCCCCUGACAUGCAUUGUGGCUCCCACUCGAAAAAUGCUUUGAGUCAGGAAGUGCCCAUCCUAUGCCUGUGUUUAUCUGUUGGUCUUGUAUCAUCUGAUGGAUAGCAAGCCUCCAGGGGUGGGAGGAGUGCUCCGCGCCAGCCGCAAAGACUUAAAUCCCUCAAAUCCUAAUGUGGUAAGACUUUUACAGUAAGAUGUCUUCUGUGACCUCAAGCCUUCGAGGUCAGUGUUUUGGGGGAAGAUGUGAGGCCACUGCCGAGGCCACGGUGCAGGUAGUAAAUGGAGAGAAAAUGCAGACAGCUCUUUGGGCAUGCGCAUGCGCAGCCAGCUCUAGUCCGGGUCUGUCCCAGCCCUUGAGUUCAAUUCGCCUCUCAGCGGAUCCCGCUGCUGCAGAAGCAGGGUACCUCUCUCUGUACCCGGGUCACCCUAGAGGGGGUGUGAUGUUAUUCACUGAGGUCAAAAGUAUUUUUCUUGACAUUUGCUCUUCAGCGAUUGAGAUCAGCUUGAGAAAGCCAUAUCCCAGGAUCACGUGUGGAAAGGGAUUGGGUGUGUCGUCGUAAAUAGAGUGAACCUGUUGGUGUUAUUAGCCAAAGAAAAAGGGAUGCCUUCAUCCUUCCCACUGCGGCAGAAGGAAACGAACCAGUACUUACGUGCAAUAUGUUGACGCUACUCUCCAAAUCCCUGAGGGUUUUGCACUCGGGCGAGCUCCAGGGCUGUUUGAAGAGUCUGGGGAUACAGGGUAAGCGCAGGGAGAGCCUGGGAUAAAAACGUUCACGCGCAGAAAUGGCCUUGACCUAGAACAGAUGGGAGUGUGGGCGGGGCGCUAGCUGCUGGCCUGGACAUCCGGGACAUCCGGGAAGUAGCUAGUCAGACACUUGCACUAGUUAAUGAAAGCACUUUCAGAAACCUGACACUUCCGCCUUGUUCCACAUUCUCCUCUGGCAAAUAUGUGUACCCUUUAUCUGUGUGAGGUGCUGUCCUAAAGGCUGGGUGAAGGGAUGGGGGCGGGGGCCAGUGUGAGAAAGAAAAUGGGCAUCUUUCAAGGCAGUAGCAGCCUUGAGAGAGUCUGUACCUAGCCAGUCCUUGGCUGUCCUCUUCACUGGAAGCCCAAGAAACAGAAUGAUAUGGGUUUAUAUCUUGGUACCCACUUUUGUAAAGACAAAAAAAAAAAAAACAGCUUAGCCAAUUGCAACACUUUGUGGCGCAAUCAUUUCACUCUAAGUUUCUUACUUGCUGUCUGACCUUUGGCCCUUGUUCCCUGAGCUAGCAAAUGAAGCUAUCCAGUGAUAACAGCAUUCUCAUCCUGGAGCCAGGGAGGGCCCAGAGUUCCACUCUCUGGCUAGCUCAGGGUAUGUAUUGGGGGCAGGGGUGAGGCACUUUCCACAAGGUCGUCAGCCUCCAACAGGGUGAGAUUCACAUAGUCCUGGCUGAGGUGCCUAACAUGAAGAGGCUAGCUUACCAGGACAGACCCAAGCCAUAGUUCCUUGUGGGGAUGGUAAGGAAUAAACCCUUCAUAGGGCUCGUUGACAACUUCCAGUCUUGCGUUUUAGCCUUGUCGUCAUCCCCACCGAACAGCUUUUAAUCUGAAUGUUGUGACCACUUGGCCGUCUCUUGCUUGCUUGCAGACAAUACUAGCAAUACACUUGUUUCCCCAAACAGCUCAGCUUAGACAGUUUUCACACAUUGCUUUCCAGUGAUUGUAAAAACACAUGGGGCAACAGGAGGCAUGGAUCACACUGCAUAUGUUUAGGGCAGCUUUCGUUUUUUUUGAAUCUUUAAUGGUAUAGCAGCAGUGACCAAGCCUUUGGGAUUUGGGGAGACAGAUCUUCACGAAGCCAUUUCAUCAGGAUGCCUUGCACGUCAGAAGGAGUACGGACAUCCCAAUACCCAAAUGGAGGGGCUUGCAACCUAUGAUUUUUGUAGAUGAUCUGUCUCUACCGUAUAACAGCUCCUCUGAAAGGUAUUCAUGUGGCUCCAACCCCUCUGUGCCAUAUUUUUUUUUUUUGUCAAAGGAUUCUUCAAGGAAGCCUCAGCAAGCCUCCUUGCUCCCUUUCGCUGGCCUUGGGUAGUGUCCUUGUGGAGGGAAUUAGCCAGCGCUUUGCCUUAUCAAUGUGUGGUCACUAGUCUAGUGGUCAAAGACUGGUGUCCACUUGCCACCAAGAUGGAAGGCAAAACUAAGGUCUUUUGAUCAGUCACCAUGGCGGCCAACAUCAGCUUGGCAAUGAAACACAAUGAUACAAAUGAGUUGUCUUACUUGUUCAGUACCAACUCGGAACAUCAGCAACUACUUAGAUGCCUAUACAGUGCGGAAAAUGCACUGGUUUUCCUGUGGUAGAGGAGAUGGGGGUUGAACCCUGUGUCCAGCUGUCCGGAGUGGUUUACUCUAACUGCAAUACUGGCAGCCAAGCUGCCAACCCUGUUAAGUGAACCUCUGCUAGGUAGCUUACAUGGUACCUUUGGGACAAACAAAGAAAUUGGGUAUGAGGAUUGGGGGAGAAGGGGCCCUGGCCAUGACCUUUGAUAUGGUCCACUGAAUAGCCAAACAGGUUUUUGUUGUUGUUGUUGUUGUUCUUGUUUUUGUUUUAAUUUUUCUGUAUUUUGUAUUUUAAAAUCUUGUCAGGCGUUUUUGUGUUAGGAAUAAUAAGUCAUAAAUUAUUCCCACCUUGGUUUCUGAAGGGGUGUUCUGAUUCCAAUUGAAACAGGUUGGAAAUCUCAUGGGGAGCAUGGUCUGGGGAGUACAUGGGAUGGGGCAGUGGAGUGCUUGGGUUUCCAGGUGGUUGCUGGGGAAGAUGAUCCCCACCCCCCCCCACCCCGACAGUCUGCAGUGCUGUCCACUACAGAGGUUCACGCUUGCCUCCUUGGCUCCUGAGUCCUGUUAGCUUCUAUGAGAAGCAGCUGCUGAGAUUGAAGACAAGACUCCCUAGCUCCCAAGCCCUAGUCAGGAGAUGCAGUCAAUAGCUAGCCUUAAUCGACUGGGCAAGGUAGUUCCUGUGCUCCCUCCCCGCAGUUCCAAAUCUUGGACUCAAAACCCUUUUCUCUUAGUGUGACCUAGUGUGACCAGCAGCCUAGAGAAUUUUGAGCAAUAGGGAGCCAGGGCUUUCCCUGGCUCUGUGACAGGGUCAAACCAGGGAAUGGCUAAACUUGAGAGGUUUUGUCAUACCCAGGGUUCUACUGUAGGGGGGCAUUAUGUAUUAGGGAGCUCAACAAGGUAACUGUAGCCUGGGGUAUGUGAAUGUAAGGUUGUGUUUGUGGGUGCGUGUGCGUGUGUGCGCGUGUGCGUGAGUGUGUGUGUGUGUUACAUUGAUGCAUUUCUUGAGAAAGGUGCAAGAACUUCACCUAUACAGUGGGACACAUCUGCUUUAUUAUUUAUAAAUAGAAGCUAAAAUUUAAUUUUUUAAAGGACACUGCUAAUGAUUGAAAAUCGAGUUUUUAGUUUUGCUAUUUUUUUUAAUUGGUAGAAGAUUUUUAUAUAUUUUUUUCCCAUUUCGUUGGGUGUGUCCUUAUUUAUAUAAAUACUUUAUCCGUGAGCAGCGAGGAAGAAGACUUCUUUGCUCUUAAUUAUUGUGGUUGUCAUUGUCCCUAUUUUAUUUCCGGUGUGAUUUAUCUGUCUUACCUUCUAAAUGAGAAACUGUUUUCCUGUCUUUGUACAUUGUCAGAGUCUAUAGUUUCGUAGAUAAUUUAACCAAAUUGCUCUACGUAUUAUUAUUCUGUGACUAUAAAGUUCUAUUUUAACGUCUGUAAAUACUUCAGAACUGGUUUCUUUUCUCGGCCCCUGCUGGGACCUAUUGUUUACAUCACAAAAGACUGUAGAAUCUCUAUGCUCAUGUACUGUAAAUAGUGACGUGAUCUGCUUAUAUAUAAACUGAACAAAUACACUAUGGAAAUUAAAAAACACCACCCACA